AUGCCUUUCAAGCAGGUCUUUGAAAGGCGCGUCAACCGCAACAUGCGGGAAGGAGAACCUGGUCCAGGACCUGAUGAGGAGGCCAGAGAGGAGGCCGAUGUCAAGAGCGAUCCUGACAGCAAGACCUUCGAGCACGAAGAAGAGGAUAUCGAGCUUUCGGAGAAGAAGGACCGCCCUCCACGCUUCUCGACUCUCUUCACCCAACCUGCCCCUCCUCAGAUCGUCGAACGAUACGUCGAGCCAAAAAGGAGGUCCGGAGUGACCCUUCCCACGCCUCUGUUUGUCAUCCUGGCGAUUGUACUGUUCUUCGAAAGCACCUUACUGUUCGCCUACACGAUCAUCGGUCUGUACAACAACGUCCCACAAGGUGUCCUACCCUUCGGACCCGGGUCAACAGCGACGGUGGAUAGCUGCAACUGCGGUGGAGGCCAAGCAGGCAUCAACAUCUCUCCGAACUUCAUCUUGCCAGGUGGAAAUGCAGAGACGGUCACCGUUACCGCGGACACUUCCACUGUACUUGAGAAGACUACGACAUCCACAUCCACCUCCAGCAGUUCUUCGUCAUCAUCCAGCUCCACCAGCUCAUCCAUCGACCCCACAGCGGUAGCCGCAGGUCUCGCCAGCUUCCUCCGCGGCCAAGCCGCCUCAAACUCCUCUCCAGGACCUCGCGUUGCAGAAACGACCAAAGUCGUCACUUCGACCCCAGAGCAGAAGACUGUUCUUCUCACAAGCGACGUCACCAUCAUCCCGGGGCAGUCGACAUCGACAUCAACGGUGAAGGUGCCGCCGAAGAGCAGCAGUAACGCCAAGCGCGCCAGUCCUGCUUCGAAAGAAGCUUCUGAAGCGGAUUCUGGCAAGACUACGGUCGCUGGCCCGACUCCUUCUACGCUCAUGACGGCUGCUUCUCCGCCUGCGACGACGGAGGCGCCAGAGAAAGGCGAGGACGAUGGCAAGGAUGCGAAGGCGAAGGAGAGCACGACGCAGAAGACGGGGGUUGCGUGUUUUGGUGGUUCUGGGGCUGUUAUGUUGAACUGUGUCAGUGCCUGA